AAUUGUAUUUGUGGAAAUGUUUAACUUUUUAAAUCUCAAUGAAAAUAUUUUUGAUUGAGACAAUUAACUGAUUAACAAUUAACAGUUUUCUUUAAUUGUUCUCUAUUUAUGACAGAGGAUCUUAUCCAUUUGAUCAGCUUCUGGAGAGACAUGAUGAGUAAAGAGCCAAGGAACAUUUCAACCUCUACAGAUUUUUCUCAUGUUAUCAUGAGAAUAACGUUAACAUUAUGUAGACGAUUAACUAUUGGUGUAAAUAUAAGGAAAAGACUUGUUGGUUAUUUCGCUUUAAUUGUGAUUGGAGGUCUUUUCGGUGAUUAUCUGCCAAAUUUUGUCUCUUCUGUUAUCCCAUUUCAAACAAGUAAACGAGGUUUUCUCAAUCAAUGGUUUGUAAAGAUUGGCUGGUUUUGGACAAUCAUCUUAUUGGGUCCGUUCAUUCAUAUGACAAGUCAAAUUUCAUCAACAAAGGAAUCGUCAAGCAAAUCAGAUUUACACCGUUCAUAUCAUGAGAAAUCUUUACGAGACGAUUCAUCUCCUUCGUCCAGGCCUUCAUCUAGAUCAUCAUCACAUGUAAAAAGAGAUUCAAAUUCACCAUUAAUUGUUAAAUUAUGGAUAACCUUAAGUAACAAAGAUCUCCUUCGAUUAUGGGUUAAUACUCUUUUCUGGUAUCUAUCAACAAGUGCCUUUACCUGGUUCGAAUCAAUAACAAUCUCAUGUAGCUCAGGUGAAUUUUCAACCCAAGAAAGUUGUACCAAAAGUGGAAACAAAUGGAUUGGUUUCGAUAUUAGUGGACAUACAUUUAUUUUACUCUUCUCUCUGUUGGUCAUCAUGGAAGAAUGUUCAAUAAUGAAAGGCUGGGAACCUUUCGGUGAAAGAUUAUUCGCUGAGCAACAAAAUCGCCAACGAACAUUUCGACAAGAUUAUCCUCAACAUGUAAUUUACUCUAAAUAUAAAAUUUAUAUUCGCUGUUUUUUCCUCGCCUUAACCGGACUCACCUUGAUCUGGAACUUCAUGCUCUUCCAAACGGCUCUUUUUUACCACACCACGUUACAGAAAUUGAUCGCUUACCUGUGGGCCGUUGGUCUUUGGUUCUUUGGAUACAAAUGUUUAUACAACUCUAAAUACUUUUCAUCAGUUUUCAAAAACGAAGCUGAUUUAUUCCCGGUCUCACUAAUGUACUAAUCUCUAGUUCUCUCUCUCAUCUAAUCAUAAUCUCUCUCUCUCUCUCUAAACUGCCAACAUUUUGUAUUUACGAUUCAAGUUAUCGUUGGCAUUUAUUGGCCUUUUCCAAAGAUAAUUCCCAGAGACGGUUAAUUUUAAUUGUAGGACAAUUAUAAUUAGAUAAACAUCAAUGUCAAUGGAGAAUCUGACCAGAAACAAGAAAGAUAGUUUGUCAACAUCUCUCAACCUAAUUAAGUCUUUCACUUCUUAAUUGAAAACACAAUUAUCUUGAUUACGAUAAAUUACACACUCGAUGAUAAUAAUGUUGAUUUACUAAUCACAAUCAACUCUUUGUUUACAUACGUUUUAACUUUACUCUUUGAUUUUCUCUGAGUCUGUGAUUAAUAUCCUCAUGUGAUAGUCAACAAUUAAUGUAUAUAUGUAAUUAUCUUCACCUAAUCGAGUGAAUUUUAUAUGAAAACAAAAACAAAGAGAAAUCAAUUGAUUGUCCAACAAGUAAAACAGAAAAAAACAAUGAUUAGAUUGACCUUAGA